GAAUCGCGCUACUGCCCCCAUCUGAGCUGGGCAGCUACCGUCCAACCAUAUCCCAACCGUAGAGCACUCAGCCAAGUCCUAAGGAAUCCUGUUCGAAAGUAGGCGAAUCUCGCUUCAAGUGGUAUCGGUUCCUGCUGUUGGAACGACGAGCUCGAAGCCAGUCGAAACCUACCAAUUCGAUUAGGAUCCUCCGUGAGGCAUUCGAACCCCUUCCUCCGGUCUGGUCUGUGAAUAACCGCACGCCGAAAGUUCGCCGCGUGAUCCUUCGCGGAUUGCGAGUUCCUCUCGAAAAAUAAUAAUAAAGGACGAAGCCCCUUCGGCUUCGUCUUAUGAACGUGACACGCGCGUCGCGAACAUAUGGUGGCUCCAGAGAGGAGCAAUAGUGCUAUAAGAACUCACAGUGUAGGUGUUCCGACACCGGAAGAAAGUCUAAUAGUAAAGUGAAAGCCUACGGGCUUAAGUGAAAUAAGGAGACUCUAGCACCGGCAGGGUCAUCAGGACCCAACUAAUCAAGUGCUAAAGUGAAGUGUUUAAGAUAAAGUGUGAAUUGAAUCAGUCUCCGGACUAUAAGGGGCCUAAAAACCCAAACAUAACAGCAGUCUCCGGACUAUAAGGGGCCUAAAAACCCAAAAACACAAUUCGUUUAGGAACGUCCACGGUGUUAAUCCGGGAUAGGUUCCAGUAAGACGGGGUUCCGCACGGAAGGUACGCGAACGCCCAAGGAAGAAACGUCUGCAACGGCGUAAGCCGGGAGUUUCGAAACAGUGCCUACAUAAGUAGGCCGGGCCCGACAGUAGGUAGGGCAACCUUCGUAAGGAAGGCUGGUGGGGAUAUUUAUCAGUCCCAAGAAGUUCGGGAGGUAUUUGUCAGAACCCACAGGAAUACGGGAGAUAAUUAUCGGAAUUUAUAUAGGAAAAAUUCGAGAAUAAUUAUCAGGGACCCACCGUGAAAGUCGGGAGUCCACAUAGGAGGGACUCACAGGAAGGAUUCCGAACAAAAGGUUCGUGAAUGCCAUAGUAAAACAUCUGCGGUGUAAUCCGAGAUAGUUUUAGCGGAUUUCCAGCUCCUGAGUUGGAAAUCCUGCACAGGUCUGCGGUUUAAUCCGGGGCAAGAGGAAGUCAAUAGUGACUAUUCGGGACAAGUUCCCAAGGGUUCCAGCUCCUGAGCAGGAAAUAAACAAAAUACACCUCGUUAGAGAACACGAUCACGAGGAAAAUUAAACAGGCAAUUAGCCUACGAAGUUCUAAGGGGAAGGAGAAUAAAAACGGGUCAACGAACCCAUCGAUUCCCUGUAAGAAAUCCGCCAGGCGGGUCAUAAACCCGAAACGUUUAUUGCAUAACGAGUCAACGUACUCGUUAAAAGAGAAACGGAAAAUAAGAAAAACAGGCUCACUUGAGCAACAGAAGGGUGCACGUAAAACCGAUAUAAAAUCUCUAGUGAGAUAGAAAGAAAGGGUGUAAGAAAGAAAAGUCAUUAAAAAGAAAGAAACACAAACAAAAUAGCAAUGAAUUUUGUAGACAAUGUGCUCGGCCAUUGUCGCCUAUGCACUCGUAAGGACGAGGUGCAAGAUAUGGUCGCUUGUGACCAAUGUGAUAGGUGGUUCCACUAUGGAUGCGUGGAACUCACCUGUCUACCUGAUAAAAAAGAACCUUGGUCGUGUGCGAAAUGCCGCAUGGAUGAAAGUAUUAAGAAGGCGCAAGCCGACGAACUUAUUCAGAUGAAGAAUAAAUUAGCAAAUAUAGCUUUAGAGCUGGAGGCACGUGCAAAGGCACAGAAAUCCUCCGAGAUUCACGCGACGUCUAUGGAGACGGAGCUAGCGCACUACAAACGUGAGCUUGAAUCUAAACAUAAGGAAGAAAAGGACAAGCGAGACGUAUUGCUGGACAUCGCUCAGGCGAUCCAGCUGAAUAAAGUCAAGCUUGAAAACGAACUCGUAAGAAAAGAGACAGCUGCGGACGACGAUUCCGUAGCUAUGUAUUUAAAACGGCAAGAAAUGAGUCUGCCCCAGUUCUCUGGGAACGCUCGAGAGUGGCCAGCAUUUAAGAAAAUGUUCGAGGCCACGACCGAGCAGGGGAAAUAUACCAGUUUGGAAAAUUUGAUACGGCUGCAAAAGGCACUAGGGGGCCCAGCGGCUAAGGCGGUACAGUCCAUGAUGCUUGAUCAAGCAAACGUACCGCAAAUAAUGGAACGACUCGAAAAACAAUUUGGACAGUCAAAACGGGUCUAUAAGGAGCUGCGAGACGAUCUCGAGCGUAUUAGAACAGGAGGCCACUUAGCGAUAGUCGAGAUAUCGAAUGGUCUAGAAAAUUUGAUAGCGCAUUUAACCGCCUCCAAUCAGAUGGCGUACUCAAAUGAUCCUCGCUUAGUUGAGGAACUGGUAAGCAAGAUGUCUUGCGACACCCAGAUAAAAUGGUUGGAGGUAGUAGAAUCUAAUGCCAAACAAGGCAAUUCAGUACCCUCCCUUAAAGAUUUGGCUAAAUGGCUAAAGCCUAAGGCCGACAUUCAUCGUGAGCUCUAUAAUUCUAAUAGAGCUCCGAUCGAAAAAAGGAAUAGAGUCAAUGUGCACUCAGAAAACAACGUACGUUGUUAUAUGUGUAACGGAACACAUAGACUAAGAGAGUGCCAAAAAUUUGGAAAAAUGUCUGUACAAAACAGACGACAGGAAAUACUUAAAUUGCGAGUAUGUCCAUUGUGUCUGUUCAGACACAAAGGAAACUGUAAUUUUCAAAGAAACUGUGGCAUAAAUGGAUGCAACGAGCACCAUCAUAGGCUACUACAUAUCCCAAGGGAUAUUCAUAAUCAAGGUAGCAGACCGGAAAGAAGACAGAUAACAGCCUCCGGCGAGCCAACCGAACCACGACCCGAAACUUCAAACUUACACGAGGAGCAAAGGGCACAAGUGUUUUACCAGAUCAUUCCGGUAACACUUAAAAAUAAGAAUUGCGAGGUGGAAACCUACGCCUUCCUAGACCCAGGAUCCUCCUUAACUUUAAUAGAUGAAGGGGUUGCUGAGGAACUUGAGUUAGAAGGAGUACGUGAUCCACUCAAAAUAAAAUGGACCCAGAAUGUGUCUAGGGAAGAGAAAACUAGCAGGAGGGUCAAAUUAAAAAUUAAAGGCAAUUCCGAUAAUGAAUUCACGUUGACAAACGUCAGAACCGCAAGUAAUCUUCACUUACCGGUUCAAACCGUGAACUACGAUAAUUUGGCAGACAAAUAUCCGUUCUUGGCCAAUUUACCAAUAAAGAAUUAUAAGAAUGCACAGCCAAAAUUACUUAUUGGGCUAAAUCAUAGCCAUUUAUUAUAUCCGUUAGAAAGACGAGCGAUGGGAGUGAAUGAACCCAUCGCAAUCAAAACUAAGCUUGGCUGGUUGAUAUUUGGUAAUAUCAAACAUACCGCACAAGCAGAACAUUUAAUGGUCAUUCAGGAAGAUGACAAAAUGAAUGAUCUAAUGCAACGAUAUUUUUCAGUGGAGGACUUUGGAGUCAAAAUUCCAGAAAAACUUCCUGAGACCAAGAAUGAAAUUAGAGCCAAGGAGAUAAUAAAUAAGACCCUAAAAUAUACAGGGGAAAAAUACGAAGUCGGGUUACUCUGGAAAGAGGAUGAUACGCAUCUACCAGAGAGUUACAUACAAGCUUAUAAGAGGCUCCAAAAUUUGGAAGCGAAAUUGAAAAAAGAUCCAGAACUGAAGAACUGGACAAACAACACGAUUGCGGAUUAUGUAACCAAGGGCUACGCGCGCAAAUUAACACCAAAGGAAAAGGAGGAAUGGGCUGGAGAGAUAUUUUAUCUCCCAACCUUUAUCGUGGUAAAUAAAAAUAAAACACCUCCUAAGCCACGCUUGGUGUUCGAUGCGGCCGCAAAGUCUUGGGGCAUUUCUCUAAAUGACGCGUUGUUAGCGGGUCCCGACGCUACAACCUCUUUGUUUGGCGUCACCACUAAUUUCCGGGAAGGGGCUAUCGCAUCCGCUGGAGAUGUGCAGGAAAUGUUUAGUCAGGUGGGAAUUAGUCUAGAGGACCAGAAGAAGCAAUGCUUCUUAUAUCGUGAUUGUGACGACAGCCGAGAGCCUGACGUGUACGUCAUGCAGGUUAUGAUCUUCGGAUCUACCAGCUCUCCAGCCUGCGCGCAAGCUGUUAAGAACUACAACGCCAGUCUAUACGCCGAAACAAAACCCAAGGCGGUAAAGGCAAUAAUAAAACAGCAUUACGUUGAUGAUUAUAUUGAUAGUUUCGACACGCCUCAAGAGGCAACGCAAACGAUCAAAGACGUUAUGGAAAUUCACGACAAGGCGAAAUUCUUUAUCAGAAAUUUCGUUUCUAAUAGUAAAGAAGUGCUAGCUUCACUUCCGAAGAAUAGGGUCCAAGUGGACAAGAUUAAAACCUUCGAGGAUAAGGAGUCCGAAGGUGAAAAGGUUCUUGGGAUGUACUGGGAUACAAGUAAAGAUUGUAUUCAGUACCAACUUAAAUUUAAUCGGCUACCAGUAGAUGUACGCCAUGAAAUUAGAAAGCCGACUAAACGAGAGGUAUUAUCCUUCGUUAUGAGCGUUUAUGACCCAAUGGGAUUAAUCGCUAAUCUUACCAUACAUGGUAGGAUACUUAUCCAAGAGCUGCAUAAGGAAACGUCGGAUUGGGACGCAGAAAUUUCAGAGCGCUCUUACAAUCAAUGGAAACAAUUUUUAGAAAUAAUAAAAGAAGCACCAAAGGUAUGUACAAAGAAUCGAAGGGAAACUAAACCAGCCCUUCAAGAUAAGGGCAAAGGACAGAAGGCACCACCAAUUAAACGUAAAAGAAAGGUGGUAAAUCAACCAGUGGAAAUCCACCGUAUAAACCACCAUCGGGAGUACGAGGACGGCGAUAUAGGUCCAGUCUCCGCAAAUAGAAAAAGAAAGGUGGAGGGCGAGUUACCAAGCGCUAAUUUGACAAUGGAUCAACGCGCAGGAAAGAACUUUAAUUCUUGGGGAAAACGAUGUAAAGUAGACAUCGAUAAGGUUAAAGAACUAAGAGACAGAAUGAACUCGAAACAAAAACCUAGAAAUGUAACGAACAAAACUAAAAUCCAUGUUCCAUGGUAUAUGACCAUAAUAAUGGUAUUAUUUUUUAUAACGGCAGCGUUAGGGCAAUACCCAACCGGGCUUAUCGCGUAUGACUGCGCGAGCCCAGAAGUGAAUAUGACAAGUUAUUCACUAUUGGACGUAACGUCUUGUAUCCCUUCUACAAAGAAUCUUUCAAUAUCUGAAGUACCUAUUCAAGUACUUCAAAGAAGCUCUAAGGGAAGCACAAUGGUAUAUCAGUGCAAAAUGAUCAUUAAGAGAUCAAUAAGGCACUGCGGAAUGCACUCGCACACCUCGGACUAUGAGCGCGGAUACUCUUACAUAGUAAAGGAGUUUACACCCGACGAGUGUAGACGCACUCAACUCACGGGAGCUAUUCCCUUAACAUUGAGCGCGGGACUCCUCGAACUUAAGAGAAACCACACGACUAGAGGAGAAACCUUAGUCGUAGGUAGCGUAUGGGCUAGUUCUUGCAGCGGUGGCGUGUAUAAAACACCGGAGUAUACUUGGAUCAAUGCGUUAGUAUACUUUGAAUAUGAAAUCGCAUUGUAUAACUACAUGGCAACAAUCGAUAACGAGAAUGAUCAAAUUAUGCUCCGACACGGACUAGUAUGUCCAUAUUCACAUGGAAAGUGCCUAGACUCAGAAGAUGGAUACUCCACUUGGGACGUGAGCCUAAACCAACGGUGUGAAGACACCGAUUUCGAAGUUAUAUAUGAAGGAAAGGUUAACAAGACAAUAAAUAUAGAAGGAAAUAAACCAAAUCCACAUGCCGUUUAUACCUCCAUUUCCGAUUCGCAUUUGUUUUCAAUUCGCACCAAAGAUACAGCGAAGAUAUGCAGAUACAAGGGUUAUAGCACAGACCACCCGAGAAUAUUCAUAUUGGAAGAAGCGGAGUUCAAGUCUCCAUUUGCUAGAAGACCAUCAAGUGCAAGAAAUCAUGACAUUUUCACAUACUUCAAUUCUAAAAUAACUCUAGUUGAGAAUUACGUCGGUCAGAAGCUCGACGACGUAUACAAUACAGUAAUGACUGAAAUGUGUAAAUUAGACAAGGCACUUUUGGAAACAAAACUUACACUUGCCCGCAUAAACCCAACAGAAUUCGUUAAUAGCAUAAUGAAAAGAACGGGUUUUUCCGCGGUAGUAGCCGGAGAAGUGCUACACGUAUUGGAAUGCAAGCCGGUCUACGUGCAACCGUUUGCAUCAGAAAGGUGCUAUCAAGAACUUCCAGUGAAGUUCGGAAAUGUCACAAUGUUUCUAACCCCAGUCACACGUACACUACAAAUGCGAGGAACGGAAAUUGAAUGUACACCGUUGUUACCAGCCAAAUUCCAAUUUGGAGGCAGAUGGUACACAUUUGAUGGGAAGAUAAGAGAAACUACAUUCCCACAAAAACUGGCCACGGACAUAGUGACCAAAUGGACUUACACACCUCUUCCAAAUUUAAUGGAAAGCGGAAUUUACGACGCUGAUAGUUUGAAAAAGAUGCGAACCAUGAUAUACGAUCAGGGUGACCGUCGCAUAGCCACAAACGUGGUACAUAAGAUAUUAACUGGACAAAAUCCCAGCAAGCAGGGAUUUCAUUUCGAAGCCCUAAUGUCAGAAAAGUUAAUUGACAACAUGAUAAACAAGUAUUGGGAAAAACUUGUGUCAUUGUCAUCUUGGUUGGGUAAUAUAACAUCUACAGCCAUCGGGCUGUAUAUCAUUGGCAGAAUAAUCAAGUUUCUUGUAGAUACCUUGAUGCACGGACGCAUAUUGUAUGACAUCUAUGGAUUCGGAUGGCAGCUAAUCGCAUCGCUGUGGGACUCCAUGACAACCUUCCUCACGCAUAGGAACACUCUGAAGAACAUCAAGAAGUCAACGACCAGAACAUAUGAUGUAACGACGCCUGAAGAUGGGACCAAUCCUUCAGAAAACACACCACUAUCCGAUGAAGAACCACAGACGGUGGCUCGCGCCCACCCUCCUGCGCACCCCUAUGUAGCGCUCACGAUGCCCCGAUAG